AUGACCUUAGAUCAAAUUGAUAAAGAAUCAUCUCAGGACAAAUUCACACAGCAAUUAAUCAAGUGCAUAAAUCAUGACAAAUGGCCGAAAGCUGAAGAAUUCAAAACAUUCUUUAAAAUUCGCAGAGAACUGUCUACUCAUAACAAUAUCAUAUUACGUGGAAAUAGGAUAGUUAUUCCACAAGCUAUGAGAGGUCAAGUGUUAAAAAUAGCACAUGAAAAUCACCAGGGAAUUGUAAAGACUAAACAAAUGUUGAGAGAGAAAGUGUACUGGCCAGGAAUUGACUCAGAAAUAGAGGAAUUAAUUAGGACUUGCGAACAAUGCCAGCUAAACUCCUUUCCUCCAAAACAACCAACAAUCACACCUACGGAAUUACCAGACCGCCCGUGGCAAACUGUAGGGAUGGACCUUACAGGACCGUUCCCCGGGGGAGAACAUAUUCUUGUAGUCAUUGACUACUACUCCAGAUUUCCAGAAGCAGAAAUCAUCAAAAAUACAUCAUCAAGAACAAUAAUAAAUAAACUGAUGCGUAUUUUCGCAACACAUGGACUACCGGAAACUAUAAAAACUGACAAUGCGCCAAAUAUGGUAUCAGCUGAAAUCACAGAAUUUUUCAGACGAAAUGGAAUAAAACACCAUCGCGUUACACCAUACCAUCCACAAGCUGCAGGACUUGUGGAAAACUUCAAUAAAACUUUAGGAAAAAGCUUAAAAGCUGCAGUUUUAAGUAAGAAAAACUGGAGAAUUGAAAUUUACAAAUUCCUGAUGGAUUAUAGGACGACACCGCACGUAGCAACAGGAGCAGCUCCAGCUACACUGUUAUUCAACAGAACAGUCAAAAAAUAA